AUGACUGAACUCAUUGGCAAUUGGCUCCACUUUACAACUCAACAACCGAAACGUAAACGUGCUGAAGCCGUUUGUUUCUUUUGUCAUUCGAAGAAAAUCAAGUGCGAUCUGCAGGUGAGUUUUCCCAUUGCCGAAAAUGGAUGUGCCGAGUGCUCAUCGCGUAACAGAGCCGAAGCUCGCAAGGUCAUGCGAGAUGCUCCAACUGCGAUAACCAAGACCAGGACUGCCAUCUUCGGCCGUCCAGAAGAGGCAAGCAACGCCGUAGAGCGUCUACUCAAGCAGGGUGCGACGCUGAGACUGAUGCAGUUAAUCCAGGUGGUGAUGGAUGAUGGGGACGAUGGUAGACAAGAGCCUGAUAUUGCCAAUAUCGAAUUUCAAGAUGAUCUAGUACACCAUGGCAUUAUUGAAUCACCGGCCUCUCCACCUGCCUCGACACCGCACGUGGUAUUUGCUGCUCCCUCAACCGAGCCUCGCUCUCACAUGUCUGCCGCCCAUCAAACCCAAUCGAGCACAUCGCCAACGGAAGGCGCCGGUCGCAGUCAUGCAGGAGAUGUUGACACAGGAUUCCUCCAAGUAUACGGACCCGAGAACCAACUCGACGCCGAACAACAAGAGCUCGUAGCAAAUCUCGAGCUUCGAAACCCAGCAUCAGAUCCUAGACAACAAGAACUUCAACAGAGUUUUUCCGAAACAUAUUUCGAGUACUGCUAUCCUUGGUGUCCUGUUCUUGACCGCCAAACACUCACAUCCGAACUGGAGAAAUCCCCCCUGCUUGCGAAUGCUCUUGCGCUUGCUGCGAGCCAUAUACAACCACCGUUAAUACCGCACGAGGGACCAGCUGCCUACUACAAGAAAGCAAGAAUGAUGUUUUAUGAAGACGAGGAGCCGGAUAUUCUUACGGCAUUGAAGGCUAUUUCGAUGUUUUACUGGUGGGCACCGCAAUCACCGGCUACAGCUCACCGGCAUGCUUCUUGGUGGUGGACUUCUGUGAUAAUCAGACAUGCGCAGCAGAUGAACAUUCAUCGUGAGCCGAAAGACGAUACCGCCGUAUCAAGUGAGAUACAUCUCAGCUUACGAAGGAGACUGUGGUGGACUGUCUUCGCGCGCGAGAGACUCACAUCCCUUUGCCAAAGCAAGCCCUGUAUCAUUUGUCCAGAGGACAUGACCAUCAAGGAAGUUCAACCGUCUGACUUCCCGAGCGACCCGGCAUCUCAAAAGAAAGGCCGAAUAUUCAUGUAUUGGGUUCGUUUAUGUGGCAUAUUGGGCAAGAUAUCCAAAGCGCUGUCCAGGUCUGUUGACUCGACGUGUUCUCCAUUCCCCAAAGAACUCCGACAGGAGCUCGUUGGCUGGGUUCAAUCAUUACCACCGGACCUUCAGCUUCCCAUUGGUUCAAGUCGUACAGAACUUUUUGACCGCGACGUCCAUCAGUUGCAUCUUCCUUACCUCACGGCCAUUAUCAUCAUGCAUCUUCAAAGAACGACCCCAGAUCUACCUCAAGCUCUCCCACCAGCAAUAUUGGCAGCGUCAUGCAUCGCUCGAGUUCUUAGAGACAUUCUAUCUCGCGGGAAUGCGCGUUUUCUCAUGGCAAUUACAUGCUGGUAUUGUGGAACGGCCUUCAUUGCACUUCUACAAGCAGCUCGGAUCAAACAGUUCUCGCAGGAAGCAGAAGAGGGUUUAGACAUUUUGGAUCAAGCCGUUGGCCAGCUCCAGCAUAUGUGGGCUUCUGCGAAUGUCAUAAGACAAGGCUUUGAACGACUUCGCGCAAUGCCUCGAACUAUGAUACAUGCUGGCAAACCCAAGACUACUACCAACAGUGGUGGUGGAGGGGAUACAAGUUCACCAUCCAGAGAUUUUGACUGGGUGCUCCUGUUUCCAUUUGUGACGAGAUCGACGAGCAGGAUCACGGAUUGUCUCCUUGCUGACAAUGAGUUUGGUACCACGACAACAGCUUUACCAUCGCCGGAGAAUGCCGUUUUUCAUGAAGACUUACUCAAUCGCUAUCAUGAUUUACUGGAACCUUUUGUUGACUACAACUUUGACUUUGGAACUAUCGAGUUGGAUAUUCUUUAA